AUGCCAAAGCUUACUAGAUAUGUUCCAAAAAAGAAAUUAAUUACAUUUUUUAUUUAUGGUUUUAUUAUUAUAAUCAUAUUUUUUAUUGGAUAUAAAUCACAAAAAUCAAAUGUUGAUAUUAGAAGUGUAAUUACAAACUAUGAAAUUGAAUUAAUGGCUAAAUAUGUUAGAGAUGAAGCAUUAGCAGGAAGGCAUAUUGGUGAAAAUCCUUUUGAAGAAUAUAUUGGAUUACCAAAAAAAGAUUGGCAUGAUUAUAAAGCAAUGGAAGAAGAUUUAAAACGUAUAGGUAAUGGUGAACAAGGAAAAGCAUAUGUUGUUCCAAAUGAAACUCCAGAUAUUAAAAAAGCUCAGGAUGAACUUUUUCGUAUAAAUGGUUAUAAUGCUUAUAUUAGUGAUAUGAUAGCACUUAAUAGAUCAGUAAAAGAUAUUAGACAUCCUAAAUGUAAAGAUGUUAAAUAUAUUUCAAAACUUCCUACAGUUUCAGUAAUUUUUCCAUUUUUUAAUGAACAUAAAUCUACAAUUCUAAGAAGUAUUUAUUCAAUUUUGAAUCGUUCACCUCCAAAUACAAUUAUUCAAGUAAUUCUUGUUAAUGAUGCAAGUACAAAAAAUGAAUUAAAUGAACCAUUUAUUGAAGAUUUAAAAAAAAGAGGUUUAUCUCAUAUUGUAAAAAUGAUUAUUAAUAAAAAAAGAGAAGGAUUAAUACGUGCAAGACAAGUAGGUGCAUAUCAAGCAAUUGGAGAAAUCUUAGUAUUUCUAGAUGCUCAUAGUGAAGCUAAUUAUAAUUGGUUACCACCAUUAAUAGAACCAAUUGUAUUUAAUUAUAAAACAGUUGUAUGUCCAUUUGUUGAUGUUAUUAAUUGUAAUACAUUUGAAUAUCGAUCUCAAGAUGAAGGUGCAAGAGGUUCUUUUGAUUGGAAUUUUAAUUAUAAAAGAUUACCUCUUACAAAAGAAGAUGAAAAAAAUCCUACAAAACCUUUUUAUUCACCUGUAAUGGCUGGAGGUUAUUUUGCUAUAAGUGCUAAAUGGUUUUGGGAAUUAGGUGGAUAUGAUGAUGGUUUAUAUAUUUGGGGUGGUGAACAAUAUGAAUUAAGUUUUAAAGUUUGGCAAUGUCAUGGAAAUAUGGUUGAUGCACCAUGUUCAAGAAUAGCUCAUAUUUAUCGUUGUAAAUAUACACCAUUUCCAAAUCCUGGUAUUGGUGAUUUUGUAUCUAAAAAUUAUAAAAGAGUAGCUGUUGUAUGGAUGGAUGAGUAUGCAAAAUAUUUGUAUGAUAGAAGACCAUCAAUUAAAAAUAUUGAUCCAGGAAAUCUUGAAAAACAAUUAGAAAUUAGAAAAAGACAUAAAUGUGAAUCAUUUGAUUGGUUUAUGAAAAAUGUUGCAUUUGAUCAGGAUAAAUUUUAUCCAGCAGUAGAACCUGAAGACUCUGCAAAUGGCACAAUAUCUAAUCGUGAUAGUGAAUUAUGUUUAGAUGCAACAAAUUUAGAAGGUAAUGAUCAAUUACGUGUUCGAGAAUGUGGAAAAGGUAUACAAUAUUUUGAAUUAUACUAUGCAAAUGCUAUUCGUAUCAAAGGUGGUCAACAUUGUUUAGAUGCUUCAUCAUCAAAUGAUGGAACCCCAGUUAUAUUAUUUGCUUGUCAUGGAUUAGGUGGUAAUCAAAGAUUUGAAUAUAAUACAGAUACACAACAACUAAUACAUAAAAUAUCAGGAAAUUGUCUUGAAGCAUCAUAUGAUGGUGUAGAUAGAGGAGUUGUUUUUACAAGUAAAUGUAAAAAAAAUAAACUUUCACAAAAAUGGGAAUUUACUUAUGUUAACAAAAAAUUAGUUGAUGAAAGAAAAAAAUUACCUGAUGGCAGUUAA